UGUGUGUGGUCUUUCGGAGUUCAAUGGAGGAAAAUCUUUCUUUCCUUCCGCUGUAGAACAUGAUAAACAUCACCAUCGCUCCGUCUGCGGCGCGUCUUCGGCUCCAGCACUGAGAGGCAGAGCAGCAUGGCGUCUAAGGGGAAGAAGGCGGUGAGUCAGGAGGAGCUGCGGCGCCUCAUGAAGGAGAAGCAGCGCGCGGCGGAGCGGCAGCGGCGCGUGCAGUCUCCUUUCGCCAAGUACACGAGCGCGGGGCGGCUGAUGUGCACGCUGUGCGGAGAGCAGGUGAAGAGCGAGGCAGUGUGGCAGGCGCACGUGCUGGGCAGGGGGCACAAGGAGAAAGUGGGGCGGUUGAAAGAGGGGCAGGGGCAGGAGCAGGAGCAGGAGCAGGGGCUAAAGAGGAAGAAGGAGGAGGAGGAGCAGCAGGGAGCGGGGAAGAGAGCGAAGGAGGAGAGGAAGAAAGAGGAAGAAGGAGCAGGGAAGGAGGCCAAGAGUCAAAAGGGGCUGCCGGCAGGUUUCUUCCAGACCAAAGGCGUGGCUGGGCUUGGGCUUCUUGCUGGACAGUAUGGUGAAGAUGAUGAUGAUGAUGAAGAUGAGGAGGAGGAGGAAAAGGAACAGAAGGGAAAAAGUGAUACUGUUAACGCUGGGCUGAAGCCGCCAGGUGGCGCUGCUGGGCUCCCUGCAGAUUUCUUUGAGUCCGCUGCCCCCGGCGGGACCCCCUCGAAGACCACCGGGGAGGAAGAGGAGAAGGUGGAAGAGAAGGAGGAAGAGGAAGGGGAGGGUAAGGGGGCCAAGCCCGAGCUGCAGCUGCCCGAAGGCUUCUUCGAUGACCCGGUGAGGGAUGCACGUGUGCGCAACGUGGACACGCCACGUGAGCAGAUGGACCGCGAGUGGGAGGAGUUCCAGAAGGAGAUGCGCCUGGUCAACAGUGCCUCGGACGCCAUCGUGGCUGAGGAUGAUGAGGAAGGCCGCAUCGAGCGCCAGAUCGAUGAGAUCGAUGAGCAGAUCGAGUGUUUCCGCAGAGUGGAACUCCUCAGGGCCAAACAGGAGGCUGCUCAGGUCAAGACGGCCAAGCAGAGGGCAGCGGCGGAGGAGGAGGGCCGAGAGGCCGCUGAGAAUGAUGAGGAAGAUGAAGAGGAACUGCUGCAUGUGUUGUCGAGAGACUGGAGAGCUAAAGGAGCGCUGGCGUAGCACCCACUGCUUCUCCUGAGCUCCGAUGAAGAACUGCUGAAGUGACACCAGGCUGAUGAGCAGUGGUUCUGCUCGAAGGACACCUCAGCAGUCACGCUGAAGGUCACCAGACUGCGCUGACCCUCCAGGACCGCACUUCGACACCCCUGAACUAAACUGUGGGCUUCUGUAAAAUACUGAAACUUACUUUUCCAUUGUUCUGGUUGUAUAAAUGACAAGGUUAUUUGUUGUCAACAGAUGUUACAAAUCCUGUCACCCUGGGUUAUAUUUUCUUAUUGUUCUCCAUUAAAUCUAAAAUUCAUUAUGUAACGUUGCAAGAGGUUUUGAAAGCUAAUUGUGGGUUUCCAGUCCUAAAACAAGGGGAGUUUCACAUGACUACCAUGUGUUCCACCUUGGUAGCCUAUCCACCCCAACCAAAACACUGUUUUUUGUCUUUUUUCACAUUACAUCACCAAUCAAACAAUAAAAAUCCAGGGUUGGGCAAGAUGGCAAAAAUACAACAUCAAGAUACUUGAAGACAUUUUCACGAUACACAGUGUGCAUCUCAAUAUGUAGUUUUUCUGACGUUUGAUUAGUUGUAACUGAAAAAAAAACAGGACCAGUAGAGCCACAUUGAAGAGUAAUAUGAAAAACUGCAUACAAAAAUUUUUUUGGUUCAAUGUUUCACACACGUUGCACUCAAUACAAAUAACAGUAUAACUAUGUCGAAACAUGAUGAAACAUGCAGUCGGUCAGCGUCCUUUAACUACUGAUGAUGUCCACGAUAUGCUCGGGUAAGCAUGUUGUGAUGUAACGUAUCACGAUAAUGAUAAAAUAUCGUCAUAUUGCCCAGCCCUAAUUCAACCC